AUGGUGAUCUCGGCAGUCAACUCGCGUGCCUCUUCAGCAGAGCCUGAUCCUAAGAUGAACUAUGCCAACCAUCACCCCCUCCACAGUUUCGGGGGCUCGGACGUUGAGCUCGGCUCCGCUUGCACUCCCUCCAGCACCGCUUCCUGGGACGCUGCUUCCGUGGAAGACUGCAACGCUGCAACGGCCGACCUCAUUGCGCCGUCUGCGGAGCGAGCCGCAGCGGUGAGACCGGGCGUCGGUGGCACACCUGCGGGAAAACUGGAGGAAACCCUCUCAUCUUGUGCAGGAGGCAAAGUCAAGCCGUCCGAGAACGGAAACGACGACAAGGACGGGGAGCUGGGCGAAAAGAAGCCAAAGUUCCAGAAACCGCCGUUCUCCUACAACGCACUGAUCGUGAUGGCAAUUCGCUCCAGCCCGGAGAGAAAACUGACGCUCAGCGGAAUAUACGACUACAUUCUGAAGAACUUUCCCUACUACCGCGAGAACAAACAGGGGUGGCAGAACUCGAUAAGACACAAUCUGUCCCUCAACAAGUGCUUCGUAAAGGUGCCCCGUCCGUACGACGAUCCCGGGAAAGGUAACUACUGGACGCUAGACCCGUCCAGUGAUGACAUUAUGUUCAUCGGAGGCACCACGGGAAAGCUGCGGAGAAGACCCAUCUCCAGAAGACAGCAGGGUCCGGAGAUUUACGGACACAGCUUUGCAAGAGUGCCUCCACUACCAAUGCCCAGACCACCUCACCUCCACGGAAUGCCUUAUGGAAUGGACCCAACAGGCUCCUUGCCUGCGUUCAGCAGCCCCUUCAUGCAGAGCACAGGUCCCCUUCCAGCCGAUGCAGCAUCCUCAGGUCCUGCAGCCACUCCUUCUGGGCAGGCGGGCACUGCAACGGUACCCCAGAUGCCUCCAAACCAGAGCACCAUGUUCCUGCAGCACCCCUUCAAUUAUCCGGCUCUCGCCUCGCCGUUUGGCUCGUCCAAGUCGCAGUCCUUUUCGUUCACGAUGAACCACCUUCUCAAACCAGACACCGCCACCAGCACAGCUGCCACCACCUCCUACAUCCCCAGUGGUCAUCUCGGCCUCAGCUCUCCUCUUCCCUAUCGCCUACCGAGCCCGAGCAUCUCCAGCAGCAUGCAUUUCCCCGGGCUCACCCCUCUCUCUCCCUCGGGCAGCCAGUUCUUCUUCAUGCCCACGACUCCUGUACUCAACCCCGGUGCCACCACAUUCUUCCCGGCUCCCACCUCCAGCUUUGCCUCUUUCUCGCAGUCCCAGCCCCCGACGACGUACCCGCAGCCCAGCACUGCCUACCCCAUCUCCCAGGCGUGCUCCGAAGCAUCCACAUCGACCACGCUCGCAUUACCACCCCACUCAGACUCCAUUAGCAGCCUGUAUUCCAGCCAAGCACGUGUGAACACUACCACACUGUAG